UUCCCUGGCUUUGGUGGCCUGCCCUCGGGUGGUCCCUUCUGCUGCCAACACUGCCCACCCAGCUGGAGAUUGCCAUGGACACCAUGAUUAGAAUCUUCCGCUACUCCUGCAAGGAGGGGGACAGGUUCAAGAUCAACAAGGGGGAGCUGAAAAUGCUCCUGCAGCGACACCUCACAGAAUUCCUCUCGUGUCAAAAGGAUCCCGAGUUGGUUGAUAAGAUAAUGCAGGAUCUGGAUGCCAAUAAGGACAACGAAGUGGAUUUUAAUGAAUUCGUGGUCAGGGUGGCAGCUCUGUGGACCGUUGCUUGUAAUGAUUACUUUGUAGAACAGUUGAAGAAGAAAGGAAAGACAAGUAGUAAGCUAGUCUAAAGCUAAUCCA